AUGAACAAUAGCGACUUUUACAAGUAUGCAAAUAUCAAUGUUGAUGACAACUGGUUUCAAGAAAUUACAACGUCAGCAAGUGAAAUUGUUCAGGAAUUAGUGAAAACACAAGAGAGAAACAACCAAAAUGCUGAUGAUCUUGAGACGAUUGAUGAUGAUGAUGAUGAUGAAUUCUGUGAAGUAGAUGGAGUUGGUAGAGAUGGUAAUUGUGAUACUCUUUUAGAUGAUGCUUCACGAGACAUGAAUCAGGUAUACACAUUUGCUCCAGGUGAAGGACAACGCCCGCUUAGUUUAUAUCAAGAUCAGACAGCUGAGUAUUUAUCAUUUCCAACAAUUUUUUGUGGAAAGGGAAGAUUACAAGAUGAUGAAAGACAAGUUCGUGUCUCAUAUGCAGAUAUUGCUAAAUGGGAAUUAAGGAGUGUUGAUAGACGUGCUGCCCAGUCGGUUCCAAAUUUGUUUUUCAAGUUGAAAAAAAUACAAAUGAAGCAAGUGACAGACAAAUGCAACCUGGCUCUUAGGAAAUGCAAAACCAAAGGAAAAUCCAUGACAGCAAAUGAAAUGAAAAAUCCUGAAAAUGUUAAUAAUCUUGUUAGACACGAUGAAGGCUUCUUCGUGUUCAGGCAGUUACGAAAUUCACCUGCAUAUCUUGAGACUAGAAAAAAAGAUGUAUUUGCUAUGAUCAGACAGUUAGGUCUACCAACAUGGUUUAUGUCUCUGUCAGCUGCAGAUACAAGAUGGAAUGAUCUCAUCAGAGCACUUGGUGUGUUAAAUGAUGGAAAAGAAUACACUGAUGAAGAAAUCGACAGUAUGACUUGGUUUGAAAAAUCAAAAUUAGUACAAAAGGAUCCUAUCACUUGCUCUAGGUACUUUGAUCAUAGGUUCCGUAUGUUUAUGAAUACAGUGUUGAGAAGUGAUCAUCAUCCAAUUGGGAUUGUAAAAGACUUCUUCUACAGAACUGAAUUUCAGCAAAGAGGAUCACCACAUAUUCAUAUGAUUGUUUGGAUAGAAAAUGCACCAAAAUAUCAUGAAAAUAAUGAACAGGAGAUAGUAAGUUAUGUAGAUAAUUACCUGGAAUGUGAAAAGAAUGAAGAGAAGGAUUUGACUGACUUGCAAGUGCACAAACAUUCACAGACAUGCAAAAAGAGAGGUAAAGCUGUAUGUCGAUUUGGUUUUCCCCUCCCUCCUCUUGAAGAAACUUUGAUUUUGGAGCCACUAGAGUGUGAUGUUGAUAAGUACAAGAAAAUGUAUGAUGAUAUUCAGAAACAGCUGAAUGAUAUGAAAAAUGGAUGUGAUUUGCCCUACAAGGAGCUCCUGAGCACGGUUCUAAAGAUAUCGGAGGAAGAUUACAUGAAAUGCAUUAGAAGUUCACUGAGAGGUCCAAAGGUUUUUCUAAAAAGAAAUCCAUGUGAUAUGAGGGUAAACUCAUACAACAGUGUUGUUCUUGAUGCUUGGAAAGCUAACAUAGACAUUCAAUUUAUUUUGGACCCAUAUGCCUGUGCAAUGUAUAUUGUUUCAUAUAUAAGUAAAUCACAAAGAGGGAUGAGCGAUUUACUUAACAGAGCUGCAAAAGAAGCUAGAGAAGGAAAUCUUGACAUAAAAAGACAGGUACGUCAUAUUGGAAAUCAUUUUCUCAACAGUGUAGAAGUUGGAGCACAGGAAGCAGCAUAUUUAGUAUUGCAAAUGCCAAUGACCAAAGCUUCAAGAGAUGUUGUUUUUAUAAACACAAGUCCAUCAGAUGACCGAGUAAUUCUCAUCAAAACAGAUGCUGAAUUGGAAAAGUUGACACCAAAUUCUACAGAUGUGGAAUGUAGCAAUGUUAUUAAACGGUAUGCAAAACGCCCAAAGCAGCUUGAAAACUGGUGCUUAGCUGAUUACGUAUCACAGCUAGAUGUUGUCUUCCCUAAAGAUACUGAAAAAGAGUUCACUGAAAAUGAAGUGAAUGAUGAUGAUCAGGACAAUCAGUCAGAUAAUGAAGACAAUUCAGAUCUUGAAUUUAGUGAGAGUGAUACACUUGUUACUCUGAGAAAUGGCAUAAAAAUUAAACGACGGAAAGUACCAAGGGUAAUUAGAUAUGUUCGAUUUAAUAUCAAAACUGAUCCAGAAAAUUACUACAGAGAAAAACUCAUGUUGUUCAUGCCUUGGAGAAAUGAAUCAACUGAUCUAAUAUCAGGAAUGGACACGUUUGAGAAGUCAUUUCAUCUGAAGAAGUCAUUUCUUACACACAAGGUCAAAGAAUAUGAAUUCAAUGCUGAACAGCUUGAUGCAGCUUUGCAAAUGGCAACUGAGGAUUUUUCAGAAGCUUAUGAUGAAUUGGCACCAGAUGUUCAGCAAAGAGAGGCAGAAGAUGAAAAUGAGGGAUCUCUUGAAUCUGAAAACUUUGUUCAGUUUAAUCCUGAGAGGCCUAUUGAACAGAGACAGUAUGAUAUAGGAUCUGACCUUGGAAUUCCAUCAACAAGACAAAUAACUGAAGAAAGUUCCGUUAGAUUACCAGACGAUGAAUACUUGAAACUUUUAGGAAGUUUAAAUGUAAAGCAGCGAGAAUUUUUCAAUCAUGUCUUGCAAUGGGUCAAAACAAAGACAGAACCUAUUUAUUCAUUUUUGUCUGGAGGUGCUGGUGUUGGCAAAUCUGUUUUGAUAAGGGCACUUUAUCAAGCUCUGCACAGAUUCCUAUGUUCCACAGAAGGUGAAAAUCCAGAUGACAUAAGAAUACUUCUUUGUGCUUAUACUGGCAAGGCGGCAUACAACAUUGGAGGAAAAACUAUUGCAUCUGCUUUCCAUCAAAAAAUUAAUCAAAGUCAACAAAGUUUGCACUGUGAUGAAUUGAACACUUUUCGUACAAAGUACAAAAACCUAAAAUUGAUCAUUAUUGACGAGAUAUCAAUGGUUGGAAAUAGAUCAUUAGCACUCAUUGACAGUCGGCUACAACUUCUCACAGGCAUCAAGAAACCAUUUGGUGGUAUUAGUAUCAUAGCUGUUGGUGAUUUUUUUCAACUUAAACCUGUAAUGGACCGUUGGAUCUUUCAGGAUUUAAAUCAUGAUGCUCAAGCUCUUGCAAACAAUCUCUGGAAGGAGCAUUUUUGCAUUUUUGAGUUGGAUGAAAUAAUGCGCCAGAAGGACGAUCUUGAGUUUGCUCAACUUUUAAAUCGCCUUCGUUACAAUAUUAUGACAGAAGAAGAUAUGAAUGUGAUACACAGAUGCAUGAUAACGGAAACAAGUGACAAUUAUCCACAUCAUGCUCCUCAUCUCUUUACACAAAAUUCAAAAGUAGAUGCAUACAACAAUCACUUGAUUGAAAAACUUGAAGGAGAAAAGGUCACAGUAAAUUCAGUGGAUAGUGUUCUAAAGGAUUAUUCAAAGGAACUUAAGGAAAAGCUGCUUAGAUCUCUAUAUAAAGCAGAUGAUGUUAGCAAAACUGCUAAUUUGAUGCAAAAACUGAUUCUUGCUGUUGGGAUGAUCUAUGAUAUCUCGGUGAAUGUUGAUGUAUCUGAUGGUUUAACAAAUGGGUCAACAUGUAAGGUACAAUUAAUUGAAAGAAAAAUGGAAGGAAUAUCAAGACCAAGCAUCGUGUGGGUAAAUUUUUUUGAUGCUGCUAUUGGAAAAAUUACUCGCAAGAAAUAUAAACAUUUGUUUCAUGAAGGAAUUAAAGUGGACUGGACACCAAUUUUUGAAGUUCAGCGAUCUUUUGUAUUGAAUUACAAUACGUUUCAGAGAAUUCAAUUUCCGUUACGGCCAGCUGCAGGAAAAACAGUUCAUAAAGCGCAAGGUUGCACUGUUGAUGAAAUUGUGAUUGAUUUGUCUCAGACUAGAGUGAGGAAAAAUCCACAUAUUCACUAUGUAGCAUUAAGUCGAGUACGAUCCGUGGAUCAUCUGCACAUCCUAAACUUCAAUGAACAGGCAUUGGCUAUGGAUGAACAAGUAGUAGAGGAAAUGGAAAGAAUGAAGAAAGAUGUGCCGCUGCUACUUUGUUAUGUCCCAUUAUACCAGGUCGAUUUGCAUUCUUUUAAAAUUGCUUUCAACAACUGUGGAUCACUUCAUAAACACUUCCCACAAAUUCAAGAUGAACCAAAUAUUGUUGCAUCAGAUGUAGUUGGAUUCUCAGAGACAAGAUUAACUAGUGUUGAUGUAGCUGAAAAUUAUCAACUGGAGGGAUACACAGCAGUAUUUAACCAUGAGCCUACGUGUAAUCUGGACAGACGCCCAUAUCAUGGAACAGCACUGUAUGUGAAAAAUGUCUAUAACACAACCUGUAUCUCAAAGCUGAAUACUGGGUCUGUGGAGUUUAUCAUGGUAAAUAUGCAUUUAAACCAAAGCAGAGAUGUUCAAGUUGUAGUUAUUUACAAAUAUCCAUCUUGCUCUUUUGGGGAUUUCAAACAGCAUAUGAAUAUGCAUAUAAAGCCCUUGAUUGAUGAACAGAAAGACGUGGUAUUCUUAGGAGAUUUUAAUUUUGAUUUAUUUGCUGGACAUACAGACUUUCUAACUUUUAUGGAAAAGGGCUUCAGCUGUAAACAAAUUGUGUGUAAGGCUACUCAUGACUCUGGUUCUAAACUUGACUUGAUUUUUACAAAUAUAUCGCAGUGUGAAACAGAUGUUGUUGAAGCAUACUGGUCAGAUCAUAAAAUGGUGUACUGUGCAUUUGAUAAGACUUUGCAUUAA